AUGACAGAGAAGGCAGUGUGUGCAGGCUGUCACAGAGCCAUCACAGACCGGUAUCUCCUCAGAGUCACCGAUGGCCUGUGGCACGAGCGCUGUGUACGGUGCACGGCGUGUGGAGACACACUGACCCACUCCUGCUUCUUACGUGACCGCAAACUCUACUGCAAAAAGGAUUACGCACUGCUGUUUGCGGUACGUUGUGGAGGCUGCUCAGAGCCCCUUUCCUCCUCAGAGCUGGUGAUGCACGCAGGCUCCUCAGUGUUUCACCUGCACUGCUUCACUUGCAGCGUGUGCUCCUGCCGCCUGCAGACAGGAGACCACUGUGUGCUCAGAGCGGGACAGCUCAUGUGCUCCAGAGACCACUACCACCAGGGCCUGGUCAGCCCCACAUCCUCUGACACAAGUAUUGAAGAUGAGGAAGAUGAAGACGAUGAACUUGAAAGAAACCGGACAAUCAGAUCUGAUGACUCUGAGAGCAAACGCCCCAAAAGACCUCGCACCAUUUUAACCACUCAGCAGAGGCGCACGUUUAAAGCCUCAUUCGAAGUCUCUUCUAAGCCAUGUCGGAAGGUAAGAGAGACGUUGGCAGCAGAGACCGGCUUGAGUGUGCGCGUGGUGCAGGUCUGGUUCCAAAACCAAAGAGCCAAAAUGAAGAAACUUGCCAGACGGCAGCAACAGCAACAGGAGCAGCAGCAGCAAAGUCAAGAGCCACAUGAACAACCCAAACAGCAUACAGUGCCCUCUUGUGGUGGCCUGAGUGAGAUAGAGCAGCUGUCCUCCUGCUCCCACAUGCAGCAGCAACAGCAGCAGAUGGGGCUCACCUCUCUGGAGCAGCCUGACUUCGACUUGGACCCCUUCAGACAGGGACUGACUCCUCCUCAGAUGCCUGGGGACCACAUGCACCCUUAUGGUUUUAAAGGCCUGUAUGCUGAUGUGGACAGUGAUCCUGUGUGCCACAUGACAGACAGCGACUGCCUUCACCUCAGUGACUCCUCUCUGCUCACUCCCAUAGACCGCCUCUACUCAAUGCAGGACUCAUACUUCACCUCCUGAGACUUUUAGACCAAUAAUGAAGGCAGGUCUGGGCCCGCUCCAGAGCCCGUUGGUCUGACAGGUGAUGUGUGCGGAGGCGAUGGUGAGGAGGCCAAAGGAGC